UUUAUUCAUCUGAUAAAAACAUUAAAGAGUUUGAGGAAGAGACUCUGAAGAAAAAAGUACUAAAACCCAGAAUAACCCAGGAAGAUGAAAGUACAUCUGAUAAUCUUCAGAACACUCGGAUGUUAGGUGCAAAUUGCCUUGGAAGUGAUGGAAGAGGGUCUGUUAAUCAGAGUUCUUUAAAUGGAGCUAUGGAAAGAGAAAUUAUGUAUUCAUCUUAUAUUGAAGAUGAAAUUCCAGAAGAAGCCAGUGAUGCUGAAGUCCAUGUCACCAUACCAGGUCAAUCUGAACUAGAAGCAGCAUCUGGUUUAGGAGAAGACUUAAUUACACUCUACAAGAAACGUUGUUGUCCAGAUAUUAAUAUUUGGAUAGAGGGUAAACUAUUUCAAGCUCACAGAGCUAUUUUAUGUGCCAGAUCUAGUUACUUUACUGCUAUGCUGAGUGGAAGUUGGGCUGAAAGCUCCCAAGAGCACAUUACUCUUCAAGGCAUAACCCAUGUAGAAAUGUGUGUCAUCUUGAAUUUUAUAUAUGGAGGAAUAUUUGAUCUUCCAAACAAAGCCAAUGCUGGUCGAAUACUGAGCAUUGCAGAUAUGUAUGGGCUAGAUGGGCUGAAAGAAGUAGCAAUCUAUGUUCUGAAAAGAGACUACUGCAACUUUUUUCAAAAGCCUAUUCCUGGAAGACUGCAACCUAUGCUAGAAUGUCUGGCUAUUGCUCAUUCUCUGGGAGUGGAAAGCCUUUAUGCUGCUUGCAUGAAAUGGAUAGGAAAACAUUUUGUAAAAUGCUGGUCAGACAGGAGCUUUGCCAGUUUACCUGCUGAGCUUCAGAACAAGUGUCUUACUAUGUUGAGUCAGUCUCUGGCACAGGCAAUGAGCAGCAAACCUGAUCUCCUAGAACAAGUUUUUAAAGCAAUUGAAAAAAACAUUAAUAUUGAAAACAGCUGUUUUCUUAUGAUAGCUAUGGACACUUUAUUGAGCUCCACAAAUGUGAAGGAGAUGGGUUUUACGUGCAAGAUCCAGGUUCUGCGUGAUAAGCUGUGGAUAUUCCUAGUUCAGUCUUUUUAUGCUGUUCGUCACACAGAAAGCUGGAAGUUGAUGAAGCCAGACGACCAACAGAAAAUACAAGCAGCUGCUUUUGACAAAGGUGAUGAUCGAAGACUUGGCAAAAAACCUAUAUUCACUAGCUCACAGCUAAACAGAUGUGUCACUGACUCUGAUAUAAAGCAUACUUCUUGGAAAGUAAAAGGCAGGAGAGACUGUUUGGGUGAUACCUCCAUUGAUCAGGAUAAAAUGAAAUCUGAUGGAUUAGGAGCAUCUGGACAUACAGCAAGUACCAACAGAAACACUGCUAAUAAACCCUCAAAACAUGAUGAACUAAAAGGAAAAGAUAGUAAAAAAGCAGUUUCCAAGGUUACAAAAGAUUCAAAACCUGGGGAAAAAGUUGCUUCACCAAAAGCUAGAGCUGUUAUUAAACCAAAACUAGAAAAUAAUGGAAAUGUGAAAGCUGAAAACUUGGUUACCAAGCCAGAGUCUGAAAAGUCCUUGUCUGCAAGUGGACAAAAGAAUUCAGGAAGUGGAAAAGGAGUAAAAAAUCAGGAAGGAAAAAUUGCAGGUGCCAGACCUAAAGUGCUUGCUGGAAGUUCAAGUGUACAAAUCAAAACAAAGCCAUUGAAGAAGACCUCGGGGAAGGAAUCUCCCUCCCUAGUAACAGGGGCAGGAACUCCUAGCAAGUUAACAAACUCAAGCCCAGAUUUCCAGAUUUCCAGUGAACAGACAGAUGAACCCAAGGAUAAAGCACUAAAUGAAGGGAAAAAACAUAAUGAUAAUAAGAGAUCCCCUACUGACUCGCCACAGGCAGGUUCUAGUCUGAAAAACAGUGUGGAAAGUUCCAGAAAUUCUACACCAGUGAAAACAAAGGCUGCUUUGAAGACAACUAAUGGAGCCACCAACAAGAAAAAAGUUAAUGAACCCGAGGCUAAUAUUUCAGCACAAAGUGUGACAAAGAAACCUACUGGAAAAGGAUGCAAUGAACAAAUCCCACAAGCUGUCCUGAAGAAAAAGGGGAAUGUGAAUGACAAUUCUGUAAUUCCACAGAAGGCACAGAAUGCAACAGCUAAUACUGAUAAAAUCCAAGGACCACAAGUAGAAUCGCCAAAUUCAUUGAAGUCUGCAAUGUCACCAAAACAAAAUGAAGAAAAAAAUGUGACACAACAUUUGGUUCAGACAACACUUUCAGAGAAACAGUCUUCAGCUAAGAAAAAGUGUGUUAAACAAUCACAAACACCUGCAGUUAAAGCCACUGCAAAAAUAAUAGUAACACCCAAAAAUCAGACCAGUUCAAAGAAAAGUGAGAUUAUAAACAAUAAAGACCCAAAACAAAAAAUAGUUACAGGACCACCUAUGUUAAAACCUCAGUCUUCUGCUCAAAGGCAUUCAAGAAGUGAAUCUCCUGUUGUCCAGAAGAGUGUGCAUGGUUCUGAACACAAAGGUUCAGGACAAAAACAUGCACAGCAUACAUCUACAUCAGGGAUUCAGCCACAUGAUAAAAACAAAUAUAGCCCUACAAAACAAAAUGAGAGUGUAACAUCCAUCCUGGAUGGUAAGAGAGGAGAUGCACUUGAUCCAAAGAAAUCAUUAGAUCCUCUUAAAAAUAUGGAAUACAAAACAGAAGCUAAACCUUCUUGUCCUCAAGUUAAGGGUAUCCCUAAACUGAAUGUUUCACAGCAAAAUGAAAUGGAAACAAAACAUGUUUUUUUAGACAAGGCUCAAAUUGCAUAUUCUGUAGAUAAAGAUGAUCAUAAUGCUAUUGAAUUUAAUUGCCAUAUAAAGCCGGUGAAUACUGCAUGCUCAGAUAUCUGUAAAAAUACUGACCAGAAGCCAACCAUUUCAGCUCCUAAAGAAAGAAUGGAACAUGUAGAAGCAACAGAAGUCUGUGAGGAACAAAAUGGUACCUUAAGCACUGAAAUGGGCAUUAAUAAUGGUGCAAGCCCUGCAUCCUGCUUUUCUGGAAGAAUAACCAGUGCCUCUAAUUCAGAACAAAAUAGAGACAAAUCUAAGAAUAACAUAAAAGGAUUUGCAAGUGCUGAGGAACUGUGUGAUAAAUCAGUCUUGACUGAAUACAGGUCUGCUACGGUAGAUGCAGAUGCUGCUUCAAAAUGUUUCACAGGACAGGUAACAGAAAAAUGUUCACCUAAAUACAUGAAUCCUACAGAAACACCAGAAAACCACGAAAGCUCAGAAACUCCCUUUGUGGAUCAUUGGAGUUUGAAUACAAGUGUUCUAGAUCCAAAAGAGAGUCCUGAAUCUGACUCUGGCAGUGCAACAACAUCCUCUGAUGAUAUAAAACCAAGAUCAGAAGACUAUGAUGCUGGAGGUUCUCAGGAUGAUGAAGGAUCAAAUGAAAGAGGGAUUUCUAAAUGUAGCACUAUGUUAUGCCAUGAUUUUCUUGGAAGAAGCAGCAGUGACACAAGUACACCUGAAGAACUAAAAAUCUAUGACAGCAGUCUAAGAAUAGAAGUGAAAAUGAAAAAGGAGGGUUCUGAUCUUUUUCGUGUUAAUUCAACAAGUGAUGAUGAAAUACCAAGAAAAAGACCUGAAAUGUGGUCACAUCAAGAAGGUGCAAGAGCAGGUAAUGCUAGGGAGAAUGAAAAUACCACUUUUGGCAAUGCACAGUUUACUCAGGAACCAGACCAAGUUUCCUCUUCUGCUGAUGAAACUGAAGAUGAAAGAUCUGAAGCAGAGAAUGUUGCAGGAAAUUUUCCUCAGUCAGAUCUUUCAACUGAGCAGUUCCAAGGCAUUGUUAAUUUAGCUUUUGAAGAUGCAACAGAAAAUGAUAUUGAAAGUCAAGAGUUUUCUACAAAUAAAAAUUUUAAGCGGUCUGUUUUACUUUCAGUAGAUGAAUGUGAAGAACUGGGAUCCGAUGAUGGAGAAACACACAAUCCUCUUCAGCAUUCUGUAGAUUCUCUUACUCCUUCAGAGGUGUUUGACAGCGCUUCUCAUGAGCAUCAUGGAAAGACCUUUUAUUCAAGAUACUCUUUAGAAAUUGAAGAUGGAUUCCUGGAGUGCAAACAGCAGAAUAAAGAUAGGAGCAGAGAAUUGGAUAGAAGUGAAAGCACUUGUUCAGAUCCUCAUGGCACUGUAAAUGUAAGAAAGGAGAAUCAGGGUGCUUCCAUGAUAGAACAAAAUUGCCCAGAGAAAGUAGUCUCAAUAGCAGAUGAUUCAUGUCCAAUCGAAAAGCAAAAAGGAAACGGUAAGAAUGAAGAGAUCAAUGAAUUUCAGCAGUGCAAUAAGCCUUCAGACAGCGACACAAAGUCUCAAGAAAGACCCUGUCAUUUGGACCUUCAUCAAAGUGAAAUUAUUUCUGACAUGCAAAAGAACAGCUCUGCAAAACCUAUAGAAUCCUCUAAGAAUCAGUUAUUGACUCAGGAAGGUCAAGUGAGAGAGAGUCAACCAGCAUCUACAGAAUACGCUAAUACUGAUUUAUCUGCAGGAGACAUACAUGAUUGUGAGACAUUGGCACAAACCUGCAUAUAUGAGCAUCGUCCUUCAAAAACCCUUUCUCCAAUAUAUGAGAUGGAUGUUGGAGAAGCUAUUGAGCAGAGGAUGGAGUCAGAAACAGGAAUUCUAGAUGUGGAUUUUGAAGAUCAGCAAUUUGCAGAACAGGAUUGGACUCUUCUCAGGCAAUUAUUAUCUGAGCAGGACUCAAACAUAGAUUUCAAAAACUCUGUUCCUGAAGACCUUAAUUUAGCACAGUAUCUUAUUAAUCAGACACUGCUACUGGCACGAGAUGGUUCAGAACCUCAGGGUAAUUCAUACAUUGACACUUUCAGUAGAUGGACUGAACUUAUAUCUCCACUCGAUGAUUCUUCAGCAAGCAUCACAGUGGCAAGUUUUUCCUCUGACGACUGUUCUUCCCCUCAAGGGGAAUGGACAAUUCUUGAACUAGAAACCCAUCAUUAAAGUGAUCAAAUGCUUGAAGCUGGACUCCAACCCCUGCCCCAAAUCUAUUUUUGAUGCAUUAUAUCUAUUCAGUAAUGAAAUACUGCAUCAGUAAAGAACAGACCAUUCUUGGUACUGAGGCAAUCUGUCCAGUAUCCUGAGGUAAAUGCAUUGAUCUAUAACCUAGAUUUAAUCACAAGUACAGUAAUUUUUCAAAGCUUAAAUGGCUGUUUUUCUAAAAUCAACUUUGAGUGUGUAUUUUCUAGAAUUCUUAGAAAAAUUAGAUGACCUGUAAGAAAAUCUUGGUUUAAAUGCCCUCUUUCUCCCUUUCUGUCAUUUAAUAUUCUUUUUUGAGCGAGAAUUUUAAUGUGACUGCACAAUAAGCAGAGCCAUUGCUUCCUUUUCUUCUUUCCAUGUGAUAACUUUUUUUCCCAACAAUAAAGUUUCAGAGUGGUUGUGUUGAAAGGUGUUGUGUGCCAACACUACUUUAAAUAAGAGACAUGUAUGUAUAAGUUGAAAACUUCUGCAAGAGAAGCUUGUUCUGUCAAGUUGUAUUUUUUUAUUUAGUUUGAAAUAACAUAAUUGUCUUUUUUAAUGUAAGACUUUAGGGGGCAAAUACUAUGGUACGUUCCUUUCUUUGGAAUAUAAAUAUCUCCCCUUAAGUUAGUAAUUUUUUUUUUUAAAUGGUAUGGUGCAUAAAUCAACUCCAGUUGAUUUACAGCAAAGGUUAUGCUAAAAUAAAUCCAGUAUAAAGUAUUAUCAGUGGUAACCUGGACUUCAUCACUUUAAAAAUCCAUGUGUGAACUAUAACUGUAGUUGUGGUACAAUUUAAGACAUAUAGGCUGUAUCCCUAUAGUGUAAAUUACAGCUGAAUUCUCAUGGGUUUCAGUUUCAUAUCUUCCAUCUUUAUGAGGGUAUUGGGGUUUUGCUGUCUCUCGUCUCUCUCAUAAGUUCCUCUAAAAGAAAAUGUCCCUAUGGAAGCCUAUUGCUAGUAUCACCUUUCUUCUGAAAUACGGAGAAUCAAGCAGGAAAUGCUUCUCAACAUAUCUGUACCGUUUAUUCUCCUGCUAGAGAUGGUGGCUAGCAUUAGCCAUUUUUUGAAUGGGGAUGAAAUUGCUUAUUCUGUUUUACAGGUGUGGAGGUGUUUGGGUGAGGGGUAUUGAAUCUUAUUCUUCACUCCUUACCAAGGCAAAACAUAUAGGAUAUUUUGUCAAGGGAGGGAAGGUUCAGGUUCUCUAAAACUUCUGCCUAAUGGCAGCUGUGUGGAUGAUCUUGUAAUGUAAACUGACAUCUGCAGAAGCAGUUUUGUACUUCCUAUAGGUCAUUAAUAGCACUUGUGCCUUUAAAAAAAGAAUACCGCACUACAGCAACAAGUAACUAAAAUUGGGAGGGGAGAGUGAGGAGGGUUUGGUGGGUUUCUUUUUUUGUUGUGUUUUAAGCAAGAGACUAACACAUACACUAGGUAUAGCCAAGGAUAAUAGGGACAGUUUUCCUAGCUGUUGCACAGUUUAUUUCAAUAUACCCUAAUUCUUGUUUGCAGAUAUUCCCGCCUUAAUCCCUUGUUUGUAGGCAGAAACUACCAGUUGCAAUGAGAUACGAUGUGGCUAAGGAGGUAACUGCUUGAAAUUUAUUCUCAGUUUUGACCUAGUGAGCAUUUGAUUUGGAUCUGCUAACAUGGAACAUAUGACUUCUGGUAGCAAUAUAUAUUUUAUACUGAAGCAAAAUUUAUACAUAGAUAAAUGUAGAAUUUGACCUCAAUUUUUUUUAAUGGUCAUGAAAAUAAAAACCCAGCAUGUUUGUUUAUUCUCUUUAUACCCAUGAACAAGAAUGGACACAUUCCACCUUAGCUGCAUACCCUCUUCUCUACCGCCAGCUAUCUUGUAGAGGAUAUUAAUUGCGAGUUCCUGGGAAGAGAUAAAGAAGCAUUAGACUUCUAAAGUCUUUGCCAUAAACCUACAGGGAGCACAGCACAAAUUAAUGUAAUUUGAGUUUGUAUAGCUUGAAGUCUUUUAAAUGGCUAUAUGUGCUUCACCCUUUGCCACUAAAAUUAGGAGAGCCCUGAUUAGGGAAUCACAGAUCAUCAAAGAUUAGAGAGAGAAUUAAUUUACCUAACUGUGGAAGUACAGGUCCUAAAAGAUGUAGCUUGUCCAGAUCUGAGGGGUGCACAGACACUAGAGAAACCACUAUAGUCUUCUAUAAUAGGGCAGCCUGAUAUCUUGAGAAGAAUUCAAUAUAGAAAGAGAUAAAAUUUGUAUUUCUCUUCCCCAACCUGGUUAUUUCUGCAUAAGAGAUUAUAAGGAUCAAGGAAACAAAGUCUAAAAUAAAAAAGUUUAGUAAAGAUUACAAUUGCAACUAGCGAUAAUCAGAUAACAGGUGUUUAUACAAAACAGAAUGGUAAAAGACAAAGCAAAUAAAAAUCAGAGGAACUGAUGGAAAAUGAAAGGAUGAUCCUUCUGUCUUUCCUUACUUACCUGCCUUUAUGCUUUCUUUUUGUUCUUCAAGUGAAGCUUAAAUCAGAAAAGUGGCUCUGGAAAAUGGAAUGGCCAGAACAAAUAUGAUUGAGUU